AUGGCCGCUCCUCCUGAAGUUUCCCACGGCCGCGGUGGCGCCGGCAACAUCAACCCCGAUGACACCAAGUACGUUGAUGGAGAGGUCGUCCGUGUUGGCGCCGAGGGCAGCCAUGGCGAUGGAGCUUUCAGCACUGGUCGUGGAGGCGCCGCCAACAUCGCCGACACUGGCAAGAAGCAGACCGUCCGUGCCGACAAGGACUUGGUUCCCGAGGCUGCCAUUCGUCCAUCCCAGGACACGGACUACCACACUGGCCGCGGCGGUGCUGGUAACGAGUACAAGGAUGCCUCCAAGGAGCACGCCAAGAAGGUGGUGGACGGGGAGACGAACCCUGUCGGUUUGGCAGACAGACUGAAGAGGAAGAUUUUGGGAGUGUUCAAGAAAUAG